AUGGCGACAGGGCCGCUAGAGGAGUCUCGCAUCAGCCAAGCCAUCCCGGCUGACAGCUUGCGGAAAUACGUCCAAAGCAUCCUUGAGAACGGCCAUGUCAGUCGGCCGGCUCUGGGGAUCUAUCUGGAGCCCGAUGGUUUCGCCGAGCGCCUGGGUGCCCACGGCGUUGUCGUGCAGGAAGUGCUUCCCGGGCCUGCCCGCAAAGCGGGCUUAAAGGCAGGCGACAUCAUCAUCUUUCAAGGGGACGUGGCCAUCCGCCGAAUGGAUGAUCUGGUCACAGCCCUCGAAAUGUACCACCCCGGCGACGGUUUCCAACUGCGUGUGCUGCGCCAGACUGCUGGCGAAGGGCUCGGCGCAGCGUUUUCCACAGGGAGCUAUUCGACCGUGGACCUAAGAGUUGUACUGGGAACAUCGGACAGCGAUUAUACUUCCCGGUAA